CAUAGCUUGCUUCCCGUUACUUCAGCCAAGUGGUGGAAGCGUCUUUGCCUUCAAGAUGGAGGGGAAAUAAAACAUUCAGUCCGUAGAUGAACGCGCGCGCGGAACGCACGCGGCUGACGCGCGGCAAACGAUGUAUAUGACUUAAAAAAAAAUUAAAAAACAACAGAUGAAGUUGUAUUCAGCCAGUAACAUAAGUGCGUUCAUGUGGAACCAAGGGAUUCUGUAAUAACUUUUAACGCGACCUCGCCAUGUGGCGCGCCGUGCAGGUCGCGCACGUGCUCCUGGCGCUGACGUGCGCGCGCGCACAGAACCGCGUCGUGGACGUUAGCACGGCGUGUGACCGCGGCUCGUUCACCGUGUCGCUGGAAAUGGCGCAGCCGUUCAAAGGCUUACUGUUUAGCAAGGACUUCUCGAGGGAGUGUAGGGUGCAAGGCAACCACAAAACGAAGGUGUCUUUGCAUCUACCGACGAACGCAUGCGGCGUAAGGAGUUCCACUCUGAACACGACCAGCGACGACCAGCUGUACUAUACCGUGGAGCUGGUCGUGCAGAUGGAUCGCAUGUUACAGCAGUCCACUGAUCAGGAGCUUGUGGUCAGGUGUAAACUCCAACCGCGUGCGGUUCGUAUCAACAGUUCAGCUCUCGAGGGAGUGAUCAACUCUAAACUACGAGAAAUGAUCGGGCAGGAAGCUAAAAAGACGAGAACCGGCCGCAACCGCCAAGGCUGGGUGAAUCCAGCAGAGAUGGAGCAGCGUGAAUGGCUGCUGGAAUCAGCACGGGCGUGGAUGGAGCUGGUCCCAGCUUCGCCCAGCAGCGAGCCCGCCACGGUCGAGGUGGGGCAGCCGACGAAGCUGCUGAUCCAGUGCACGCUGCCUGUUGGAGUCGGUCUCCGCAUAACCAACUGCGUAGCUCACGACGGCCUCGGGGAGGCCUCGCAGAAACUCCUCGACGAGGCCGGCUGCCCCAUCGACGAGUCCAUCUUCUCGACCCCCUCCAUCCACCGCCACAAGAAAGGGACGGAGAUAGACUUGGCAGAUCUCGAACCGGUGGACCCGCAGCGAAACCUGCACGAAAACUUCAAUCUCAAACAAGCCAAAACGGACCCCGAGAUAUUCAAAAACAUAAUGACGUACCAACACGCCAUCACCACAUUUGCCGCCUUCAAGUUCCCUGAUCGAGCGAAACUUCAUCUAACUUGCGGCAUAGAAUUAUGCAAAGGCACAUGUCCACUGGUCGAUUGUAAAUCAUUGCAAAGGCCUCAACAGACGAGAGAGGGGUUACUGAGAAAGGCGAGGUUGGAUAAGGACGCUAAAGGAGUGGUCAUUGAUAGGUUAGAGGUGUAUAAUAGUAUUGAGGUUUUGGCGCCUAACAUUGAGUUGGAGGAUGAGGCUUCAAUAAGAGGCUCACGAAGAAUCGAAAGCGAAGAGGACGAGCUGAUCCGAGGCUUCUCUCCGGGCGACAAGACCAUCUGCCUCUCGCCCGGAAAAAUGGCUCUUGCCUUCUGCGUCUUAGGGGUCAUAUUCCUGUGCGCGAUCGCCGUAGCUUUCGUCUCGCUAAUCAGAGCGAGAAGGCGUCUAGGCAGGGAGCCGCUGCAUACAUCCCUCUCUUUCUACACUGGUAGCAAGAGCAUGUUCUCGUCUAGUGAGAGCUCCAGUUCUGGUUUAAGUGGCAGCAAGUUAUUGCUCACGGAUAGCCCGUAUUUAGAUCAUCAUUCGUCUUCGAGCAAUAAUUGGCCAUAUUCUAGAGCGUUUUAAGGUUCAUU